AUGUCAAACAAGAACAUACAUAAGCUUUCACCUUUCUUUGUGCUGCACUCUUGGACUUCAUCCCCAAAGAGCUUGGUGGACAUCCCAGGUAGCUUGGGUUGGCCAAUUGUGGGAGAAAGCUUCUCAUUUAUAUCAGAGUUUUCAAGUCCAUCUGGUAUUUACAGCUUCGUGAACAAGAGGCAGCAGAGGUAUGGGAAAGUGUUCAAGACUAGUGUGUUGGGUAGAUUCACUGUGUUCAUGACUGGGAGGGAAGCAAGCAAGAUGUUGUUAGCAGGAAAAGAUGGGAUGGUGAGCUUAAACCUCUUCUACACAGGGCAGCAGGUGCUAGGGCCUACCAGCUUGCUCCAAACCACUGGAGAAGAACACAAGCGGCUUAGACGGUUGAUUGCAGAGCCCCUAUCCGUUGAUGGCCUUAAAAAAUAUUUUCAGUUCAUCAAUACUCUGGCAAUUGAGACAUUAGAACAGUGGCCCGGACGAACAGUUUUGGUUCUUGAAGAAGCUUCUACAUUCACUCUCAAAGUUAUCGGCAACAUGAUAAUGAGCUUGGAGCCUGCUGGUGAAGAGCAGGAGAAGUUUAGAUCCAAUUUUAAACUCAUCUCUUCCUCCUUUGCAUCCUUGCCAUUUAAAAUCCCGGGAACAGCUUUCCAUCGUGGUAUUCAGGCUCGAGAUAGGAUGUAUGCAAUGUUGGACUCAGUCAUUUCUAAAAGGAGAGGUGGAGGAGGCUUCCAAAAAGAUUUCUUAGAAUCACUGAUAAUGAAACAUAGCAAAGCAGCAGGGGAUGAAGAUGAUAAAGAUAAACUCACUGAUAAACAAUUGAAGGACAACAUAUUAACUCUGUUGGUUGCAGGUCAUGAUACUACAACUGCUGCUCUCACAUGGCUUAUUAAGUUCCUUGGAGAAAACCCUUCUGUUCUGGAACAACUAAGAGAUGAGCAUCGACAAAUUCAGUCAAACCGAGAAAAUGGAGCAAAUCUAACAUGGGAUGAAGUUAACAACAUGCCUUACACCGCCAAAGUAAUCAAUGAAACUCUUAGAAGAGCCACUAUAUUGCCUUGGAAUUCAAGAAAAGCUGCCCAGAAUUUCGAGAUUGAUGGAUACAAAAUAGAGAAAGGCUGGUCUGUUAACUUGGAUGUUGUCUCCAUUCACCAUGACCCAGAAGUCUUUCCCAAUCCUCAAAAGUUUGAUCCCUCUAGGUUUGAUGCACCCCUAAAGCCUUUUAGCUUCCUUGGAUUUGGUAGCGGACAGCGAAUGUGCCCCGGAAUCAACCUGGCCAAGCUCGAAAUCUCAGUGUUCAUUCAUCACCUGGUCUGCAGAUACAAGUGGAUUCCUCUGGAGAAAGACGACUCGGUCCAGCCAACUCUUGUAAGGAUGCCGAAAAACAAGUAUCCGAUUGUAGUUGAGUCACUUUGA